AUGCUACAAGCUGCUCCCGUGUGGCCCGGAACUUUGCGGUUUAUGGAUGGAGCAAACGAUACAGGCAGAAGCGAUAGAGCCUCGAGAAGUUAUUCUGCUGUUAGCAGUUCUCCUCUCCGACUUUCCAUGCUUCAACCGGUGGUGGGAAGUGAUUCUCCUAGUUCUUCUACCAAACCUCCAAAUCCUUUUACCAAAAUUACAAUCAAAACUUGUGAAGAAGGUCAUGAUUCUAUCAUUAUCGAUGAGAUUGAAUUGCAGCAUCUUCCAUUGAAACCCUCGCAUUGCGACUUUUCCAACACCAAUCCUGCCUUUACUCACGAAUACGUUACAGCAAACCCCCAAGCUAGCGUUCGAAGCGGCAAGGUCAGCUUGCGUGGAGGCUCUGGUACAGGGGAUGAUUUCAUACGUACUGGUGCUAUCACUAGUUUCAAGCAAACAGAGGAGAGGUGGAAGCCAACUUGGUCUGCCACAAAGUCCUUGUUUGGCUCACGACGCAGAGAAUCAGAGGUUGUAGCAGAACAGACCAUUGUACAUUCCAUGUCAAAUCAUCCUACUACCUCAGAUCGUGUUGACCCAACAUCUCAUAAUAACGAUCGAACUCAUCACAAAUCAUCUACAACAGCCUCUAAACGUGGAGCAAGACAGACCAAAACGUCUGGGACGACAUUUUCCUUCCCACUUAGCGAUGGGAGCGAUUCCGAAAUUCCACGUUUUCCCACCAUUAACCGCAUCAAACAGAAACUCAAACCACUUGUUCAUUCAGUAUCGAAACAAUCUCUAAGGAGAAGAUUUUCAUCUGCGCAUCAUAGCGGAAGCCAGAGUACCGAGGGAGCAGCUUCAGAUCAAUUUGCAUAUAGUAACACAGUUAAAAAAGCACUUCGAAGAGCUCGUAGCUCAGCUUCUAUCCCUUUUGGUCUUUUCAAAUUACCCGAACCGGCAAUCAAUGAUCCAAAUCCAUCAGAUGCUGGACCUAUAUCGAUGAUGUCGAAUAAUUCCCCAUCUGACGAUUCUGAUACUGCGUCAGAAAAUACCAUGAGAGCUAGAUCUCCAGUGAGCACUUUGCUUGGCGUCAGGAUUGAUAGAAGAUCUGGUUCAUCAUUUGGAUACAAAAGCAAGAGUGUGCGACAGGUGAUAUUGCCAUUAGGCAGUAUGGAGUGCGUGCUAGACGAAGCGGAUUUAGCUGAUGCUAAAGCUCUUGAAUUCUCCAACAGCAUAUCUUGCGAGAGUGAGAGUGAGGGUGAGGGUGAGGGUGAGGGUGAGAAGGAGAAGGAGAUAAAGUUGAUGUGUUUGAAGAGGGCUCUUGCGAGUAAUUGUUUUCGCGUGGAAGAUAAAGAAGAAGAUGAGGUUCAUAUCACGGAUCCAAAACACGAUGAAACUAAAGACUCAAGCUACGUUACAUGUAGAUCGAAAAAUAGCAGCGGGGAGGAAAAUACUGAUGAGGUCAUCAAGAUAGAACAGGAAAACUCAGAUGUGCCACGUCCUUCGUACAUAAAUUCGACUCGGAGUGGUCAUGUAAAUAGACCUCGACCUCAUAAAGAAGGUCAAACGGCAAUGAUGAAUCAUUUUCAUGCGAGGGGAACAAGGGGCGGCACGGAUAGUACGGAUGGCUCGGGAAAUUUGAUAAGUGAAAAUAGGGAGAGGUUGAAGGGGAGAUUGGCUUUGUUGAUGAUUAGAGGGGUUACGAGUGGUAGAGGAGGAGUGGGUGCUAGUAGGGGUGGGAAGGUGGAAUUAGUUCCGAUGAAUUUGGGUGGUGAUGAUUAA